GCAAAGCUUGUGGGAGCUCAACAGACACCCCCACACCCACGGCCCCAGCCACGGAACCGAAAGGCACGAGCAGCGCGGCAGCCACCGGAGCCCCCGGAGCCCCCAGCAGUGCCGAGCCCACGCCAGAGACGUCUGCUGCGGCCGGGUCCCUGGCAGCGAGCCCCAAAAAAACGCUGGCCAGCCCCGCGGAGCCAGACCAAGACCACACGAGCCGAGGGGUCCCCACAACCCAGAGCCCAGCGACUCAACCCAGCACGACAGCAGAAACCCUGGGGUCCACACCGGCUUUUACCACCACCGUGGUUUUUCCCUUCCAGCCCAUCACGUGCCACAAUGUCAAAGAAGUGAGUGACACUGGAGCCAUCUGCUUGCAGCUCAACGAGUCCAACACUUGCAAACAUUUUUUAGAGAUGAAGGGAUCGGACUUAUGGAGUGCAAUAUGUGAAGAGAGCACCCACCGCGUUCCCUCCCCCUGCCAGAUCCAACUCGCUAAGUCUGAGGUGGACCGUGACUGUAUGCUGCUCAUCCUCGUCGGUGAGAGAGAUCCUGCUACGGAUGUGCUCCAGGAGUCUCACUGGGAAAAGUUUGGAAUAAAAUCCCUCAAACGGGGGAGUGUGAGGAACCACCAGGACUUUUCUCAGAAGACCCUGAUCGCCUUGGUCACAUCUGGACUCAUGUUGGCGUUCCUGGGCUUGGCGGGAUAUUUCCUGAUGAAGCGGCGGAGCUGGAGCCCCGCGGGAGAGAGGCUGGCUGAAGACCCAUAUUACACGGAAAACGGUAGCCAGGGAAACACGAUGUUGAUGAUGCCCCCCCAAGAGCAACCGGAGCUGCAGGAGAAGCCAAACCUCAACGGUGGGACUCAGGAGAACGGGACUGGCCAAGCGUCCUCCAAAAACGGCCACUCAGCCAGGCAGCACAGCCCCGCCGACACCGAAAUGUGA